AUAAAAGGACCACCCGUUUUGUACAUAGACAGCAUUCUGCGCCAAAUUCUGAUUGCCACAAAAAAAGAAAAAAGCUUAUUUCUGCAGAGCUCCAAAAAUGGCUUACAAGCAUGAGGAACUUCCUCCACCGUUGGAUUCCACUUCCUCCCCACCUCCUCUCUUUGACGGCACUACAAGGUUGUACGUAAAUUACGCAUGUCCAUUUGCACAGCGGGUUUGGAUCACUAGGAACUAUAAGGGUUUGCAAGACAAGAUUAAGCUAGUCCCUAUAAAUCUUCAAAACAGGCCUGAUUGGUACAAGGAAAAGGUCUACCCUGGAAACAAGGUGCCAGCUCUGGAGCACAAUGGAAACGUCAUUGGAGAAAGUCUUGAUCUGAUCAAAUACGUUGAUAGCAACUUCGAAGGGCCUUCACUUUUCCCCAAGGACGAUCCUGAGAGAAAAAAGUUCGGUGAAGAAUUGUUAACUUACGUCGAUACCUUCACGGGGUCCUUGUUUCGCUCAUUCAAAGGAGACGCGGUAAAAGCAGCUGAUGAGCAGUUUGAUUACUUGGAAAAUACUCUUAAGAAAUUUGACGACGGGCCAUAUUUUCUGGGUCAUUUCAGUUUGGUGGACAUAGCCUAUAUCCCGUUUAUUGAGCGAUUCCAAGUCUUCUUAUCAGACGUAUUCAAGUAUGACAUCACAGCAGGGAGGCCCAAACUAGCAGCAUGGUUCGAGGAAGUCAAUAAGAUUGAGGCAUACAAGGUAACCAAAACUGAUCCAAAGGAGCUUGUUGCAUUCUACAAGAAACGCUUCCUGGAGCAGCAGUAAACUUGUGAGCUAUUCUGCUUUGGUACGUGGUAUAAAUAAGUGGCUCAGGCCACGCACAGAUUGUUCGCCGCUCGCCGGCCUAAUUAUGUAUGCAGAUUAUGUUGUCUGUUAUAGACAUGGACUUGUCUGGAUAUGGAUGUGUAUAAGUAUCAUUGUUACAUCAAUAAAAUUCAGAUCAUUGUUAGUGCGGA